AUGGCCCUGCUAAAAAUUGCAAUUCUGCUCUUGAUUUGCAUUCUAGCUACCGAUGCAGAUCAACCACGUCUCAGAAGAGUUAAAACUACAGAUGAGUCACAAACGAUUAUUAUUCAGCCUGCUGGUUCGGCUACAGAAGUAAACCUUGAAUGUGCUGAUAGGUGCCCCGUUCCUUAUGAUCCUUUGUGCAACGGUGCAGGAAACUGUGCUUCCGCUGCUGCAGCUCAAGUUCAGCUAAUUAAGAUUAGCGAUGAGUGCCGGUUUACCUUCGCCUGUCCUAAUGGCUUUACUGCAAAAUACUGGGCACCCAACGCACCUCUUCAAACGGCGGGAAUCAAGUUUCCAGGUACCGAGUUCCACGCUGUAUGCUUUACUCCUCCAGGAAGUCUCUUCUUCCUUCCUUCUAAAGAGGCACCCGUUGGCAAAGUAGGAUGCAUGGCUGACUGA